AUGUUCCGUCUAAGAAUUGGACUGAUCAUUCAGGUUAUCGAAACGCUGUGGCUAUUGGGACGUGGGGAUCGUGUACUUCGAAACGAUUCCCUAAAUCUACCACAAGAUCGCCCUCUCGAUAUUGAUAAUAUCAUUGCGAGAUCGCGCAACGACGAGAAAGAGCGCCAAAAAGGAUUUAUCAAGCCAUGCACCCGUAAUACAUCAGAACAAAGCGAGCAAGAACUAGGUAUUAUCACAAGUUUGAGGGACGCGUGC